UCCAUCUAGAACUGAACCCGUGCAUGUACAGCUUAGACCCGCCGAUCCUAAUACAGGCCAUACCACAUUCCCGUGUAAACGAGAUGGGCGGCGGGAUUUGCAACCCAACCCCAAUGUGGCAAAGACGAUAUCUCCCUUUGCGUUUGAGUUCAAUUGUUGCACAGUAUUGUCUGCCAGUAACCCCUUUUUUCAGUCCGAAAGUGACUGUCAAACCUCUCCAGAAUGUCUAUAUAAGGAGCUUGAAGUCUGCCCAUCCAUCGACUUUUUUUUCUCCAUCAGCAUCACUCUCAAGCAUCUCACAACAACUUCCAAAACAGCCUCAAUCUCCAACAAUCGACUUCUUCUUUUUUAAGAGAAAUCCUCUUCCAAAAAACCAAUCAGUCAAAAUGAAGUUCUCCAUUGCCGCCGCUGUUUUGGCCCUUGCCACCGCUGUUGUUGCCCACCCCGGUGCUGGCUACGUCUCUACCCCCGAGAAGGAGGCCAACUUCCAGCAGAACUUCCAGAAGUUCGUCACUGCCUGCGGUAACGGCAACCAGGUCUCCUGCUGCAACACUGAGACCAAGAAGGUCGGCGCUCCCCUCACCGCCGGUGGCCUCAUCCCAAUCCUCGACAACCUCAACCUCGACGACUUCUCCCUCCUCAAGGGUUGCUCCAAGGUCGACGUUGCUGCUGUCAUCGGAGUCCAGGACCUCCUCAACUCCAACUGCAAGACCCAGGUCUCCUGCUGCAAGGUCGGCGACACCAACCAGGUAAGCAUUCAUCCCUAUACAAUCCUCUCUUCCGCCAGCAUAACUAACAAACUCUCUAGGUUGGUCUCGUCAACGCCAACGUCGACCUCAAGUGUGCUGCCCAGAACAUCCUCUAGAUGGCCUAGUAACUCCCUUCUUGACACCGAUGGUCUUGGAUCACAGCCUGAUUCAGCCUACAUCAACCGGCAUACAUCUUGGUGGUUUCUUCUAGAGGCCAAUGCCACCGUGUCUCUCCUUUCCUUUCUGUUCCUUAUGUUACCCAAAGGGGUUGAGAUUCGGGAUAGAACAUCCACCUCCACUGUCUGUUGGCUUUCCUGUUAUUAGAUAAUAAUAUGCUUAGUACUUAAUAUAUUCUAUUUGCGACUGCAUACUUCACUUCUUCCUGCAGCCUUUUUCUGCCUUUUUUUUUCACGGUUCUAAUUUUCAAUCAAAACACUUCAU